AUGUCGUUCGAUAAAGAAAGCACCGAUUACGACAAACACAAGGCUCAAGUCCGAGAGUUCGUCGAGAACUACUACGGUUUGGACGAAAAUGGAUCCAAGGUUUUCUGCUACCGUGAUGACGUGCUACGCAUUGCUGAACGAGAACAGGUUGCUCUCUACGUCAACCUGGAUGAUGUUUUCCGAUUCGACGAGACCCUUUCCACCCUUAUAGAAGGCAAUGCGCGACGUUUUCAUCGCAUAUUCAACGAAGUUAUCGACGAGAUGGUUCAGGAAGCUUUGGGUGGACGGCAGCCACCAAUUCGUGAUGCCUUGGAUGCGUUCAUUUUUCAAAGAGUGCAUAUGGAUGACCAGCUAAAGAUGGCGGAAGACUUUAUGGGUGGAAGUACACAAGAGGUUCGAAAAAAAUACCCUCCGCAGUUACUCAGACGCUUUGAAGUAGUUUUCAAGAAUCGUGAUGCUAUGAAGCCUCUUGCAGUUCGUGAUCUCAAGGCAAACUGUGUCGGAAAACUUGUCACUGUUACCGGAAUAGUAAUUCGUGCUACAGAAGUGAAACCCAUUCUUGAAGUGAUGACGUACGCGUGUGAUACAUGCGGAGCCGAAGUUUACCAACCCAUCAAUGGCCCAUCAUUUAUGCCAGCAGUAAAUUGCCCUAGCAAGGAUUGUGUGGAAUCAAAAGCAAACGGUCGUUUGCACAUGCAAGUCCGAGGUUCGAAAUUCAAUAAGUUCCAAGAGAUAAGGAUACAGGAACUGAGUGACCAAGUACCAGUGGGAUCGAUUCCUCGAGCGCUCACUGUAAACAUUUACGGAGAAGCAACGAGACAGUGUGCUCCUGGUGAUCUCGUGCGUAUAUCAGGCGUACUAAUUCCACUUCUAAAGACUGGAUUUCGGCAAGCUGGUGGUGGCCUAGUCACCGAGACUUUCUUGGAGGCUCAUUUUGUUGAAAAUGUCCGCUGCAAUGUAGAUGAUGAAGAUCUUGGGGACGAUUUAACAGAAAAUGAAGUUGAUCUACUCGCACAAGACAAUCUCUACGACAUGCUCGCGUACUCAAUCGCUCCAGAGAUUUAUGGUCUUACAGAUGUCAAGAAGAGCCUGUUACUUGCUCUUGUAGGGGGCGUUGAUAAAAAUGCAAGUGGAAUGAAGAUCAGGGGAUGUCUUAAUGUGUUGCUAAUGGGUGAUCCUGGAGUUGCUAAAUCUCAACUGUUAUCCUAUGUGAACCGUCUUGCACCUAGAUCACAAUAUACAACUGGGCGAGGGUCAUCUGGAGUUGGAUUGACAGCUGCAGUUGUUAAAGAUCCUCUCAGUGGUGAAAUGACACUUGAAGGGGGAGCCUUGGUUAUGGAACAGCAGACCAUUUCAAUCGCAAAAGCGGGGAUAAUGACAACGUUGAAUGCUCGCGUCGCUAUCAUAGCGGCAGCAAAUCCUGCAUUCGGAAGGUACAAUCCUAAGAGAUCCAUUGAGCAAAAUAUCGAUUUGCCAGCGGCCCUGCUGUCGAGAUUCGAUCUGCUUUGGUUAAUCCAGGAUAAGCCAGACCGUGAUGGUGAUAAGCGACUCGCAUCUCAUAUUACCUACGUGCACAUGAAUUCUAAACAACCAGAAGUAGAUGGAAUGAAGCCUGUCAACAUGCGUCUUAUAAGGCGACUUAUCGAAGUUGCUCAACGAAAAAAUCCCGUGGUAGGAGAUGCACUUCGCGAAAGGCUUGUCGAGAUGUACGUCGAUAUGCGUCGAGUUUCUCGCGAAAGUGAAGACUCCACCUUCGCAUCGCCUCGUCUUCUACUGUCUGUCAUAAGGAUGUCGACAGCGCUGGCGCGUCUGCGGCUUUCUAAUGUUGUUAUGUCAGAUGAUAUUGAAGAGGCUAUCCGCUUGAUGCAGGCAAGCAAGGACUCUUUGAGACCCGAAAUGCAACAACAGGAAAUUCGUCAAUCUCCAGUGGACAGAGCGUUUGCUAUUUUGCGUGAGCUUUGCAUAUCAACUGGUGAUGCCAUCACACUUCAAAGCGCAUUGGAAGCGUGUGCUCGAAAAGGAGUGAGCGAGCAAGCUUUGCAGGAUACUAUAAAAGUUCACGAAGCAAAUGGAGUAAUAGUGGUCGACGCCCAGAAAAGAAUCCGUUUCACCAUGAACUAG